UGCUGCCCGCUGCGGCGGUCGCGGAAGGGGUGCAUGAAGGGGAAGGGCGGGCCGGAGAACCAGCGGUGCCCGUUCCGCGGCGUCCGGCAGCGGACCUGGGGGAAGUGGGUGGCCGAGAUCCGCGAGCCCAACCGCGGCGCGCGCCUCUGGCUCGGCACCUUCGCCACCGCGCUCGACGCCGCGCGCGCCUACGACGCCGCCGCCAGGGCGCUCUACGGGGACUGCGCCAGGCUCAACCUCAUGCCUGCGCUCCCCCAGGCGGCAGCGGCGGCGGCGGCGGCGAACAAUAACGCCUCGCCCAACUCCAACUGCUCUAACUACUCCAAUUCCAGUUCCUCGGCGGCGACGACCCCGACGGCGGCGAUGCAGCAGAUGAUGGCGGACGAGCUGGCGGCGGCCGCGGACCUCCACCAGCAAGAGGCGGAGGCGGAGGACUUCGAGGACUACGUGACGCGGCUGCCCAAGGCGGAGGACUUCGGCCUCGGGGGCUUCCAGGAGGUGCCCCCCGAGGUGUUCGACGAGGCCGCCGGCGGCGGCAUCUGGGACCACACCGUCGCCUGGCCGUCCUCGGCCAUGAUGCUCGACUCCACCCUGCAGGUCGUCCCUCUUUAAUUGACUGGACGACGACUCGACU